AUGGGCUUUUUCAUCAAAGAGAUCCAAAUACACACCGAACCCACCGUUGAUAUCGAUCACUACAACUCACUGUAUUCGCGGCGUUCGGUGCGCGAAGUGUUGGAAGCGUUUUCGCUUAACAAAGACAACAGUCAGUUCUGUUUGGCCCAUCUCUUCACUCACCGUUCGUUCGACGGCUCAGUUCUGGGUCUGGCAUACGUGGCCUCACCGCGGAUGAGCUCAGUCGGCGGCAUUUGUAGCCCGAGUUAUUACGGCUCGACGUCCAGCAACACUGCCGGCAGAAACCUAUACCUCAACACUGGUCUCACGACUACCCGAAACUCUUUUGGCCAAAGAAUUAUUACCAGAGAAGCAGUAUUAGUGACGGCCCACGAGUUCGGUCACAAUUGGGGCUCAGAACACGAUCCUCACACCGAAGAGUGUUCACCGCCCGCACAG